AUGGCCCAAAUGGAGAACGAGACCACUGUUCACCCUGGCUAUAUGCCACACUACCUCCUGCAAGGUGAUCCCUUUGCCUCAAAACUGUCCAAAGAGGCUGACAUAGUGGCUGCUUUCUACAUCUGCAUCAUAGGGGUCAUGUCAGCCACAGGGAAUGGCUAUGUCAUAUAUAUGACCUUCAAACGGAAGACCAAAUUAAAACCUCCAGAGUUCAUGACACUGAAUUUAGCCAUCUUCGACUUUGGAAUAUCAGUCACAGGCAAGCCAUUCUUUAUAGUCUCCAGUUUCGCUCAUCGCUGGCUCUUUGGCUGGGAAGGCUGUCGUUUCUACGGCUGGGCGGGCUUCUUUUUUGGGUGCGGCAGUCUCAUAACCAUGACAAUCGUCAGCCUGGACCGCUAUUUGAAGAUCUGUCAUCUAAGAUAUGGUACGUGGGUUAAACGUCACCAUGCCUUCCUGUGUCUGGUUUUCAUCUGGUUUUAUGCUGCCUUCUGGGCCACCAUGCCACUGGUUGGCUGGGGCAGCUAUGCCCCUGAGCCCUUUGGUACGUCAUGUACGUUGGACUGGUGGCUGGCCCAGGCCUCAGUGUCGGGCCAGAGCUUCGUCAUGUCCAUCCUCUUCUUUUGCCUUGUCCUGCCCACUGGGAUCAUUGUCUUCUCCUACGUCAGGAUUAUCUUCAAGGUUAAGUCUUCUGCCAAAGAAGUAUCCCAUUUUGAUACUCGGAAUAAGAACAACCACAACCUGGAGAUGAAGCUUACAAAGGUGGCAAUGUUAAUCUGUGCUGGGUUUCUGAUAGCAUGGAUUCCUUAUGCUGUGGUGUCCGUGGUGUCUGCAUUUGGAGAACCUGAUUCAGUGCCUAUUCCCGUUUCCGUGAUACCCACCUUGUUGGCAAAGUCCUCUGCCAUGUAUAAUCCAAUCAUAUACCAAGUCAUUGACUGCAAUAAAAACUGUGCAAAAUCAUCCUGUUUCAAAGCUCUGAAGAAAAAGAGACAUUACAAGACAUCGAGAUUUUACUCAAUCUCUGCAUCCCUGAAGGAGAGGCCUGCCAACGAGGCUCGCGUUGAAAUAUAA